AAACGUUGAAGUACGUACAUGAAAUGCAUAUUUGUGAACGUCAAACGUUAAUUGAACAUCGAAUCUGCAGUAGAAUCUAGAAAAAUUUCGUUUCUUAAAUACAUCAAAGAAUAUAAAUUUUCUUAAAAUCUAUUUUAAAAUCUUCCUAAAAUUAUUUUUUGAAGGAGUAUAUAUACUUUUUAAUUUUAAUGAAUCAGUCCUUAGCUAUUUUUACUGCUUCUCAGAUUAAGGUCGGUUACUUGUUUGCCAAAUUUGUGUUACAAGUACAAAAAUAUGAGUAAGUUCGAGCAUUUUUAUCAUAUUUUUUUAGUAUUUAACACUACAAAUAAUUGGAUUCUUCAUAAAAUUCGAAAAGUCUAUUUUACAAGAAAGGGUUCUUCAGAAAUCCCAAAUGUGAUCGUUCGGGUAUAGAAUAACUCCUAAUGAUUCUAAUCUAUAAAAACUGAAACUUACACAUUGUUAAUAAAGUAUAUAAACUCGAUUAUCGGCAAACUAAGGAUCGAGGAAGGAUUUUUGAAUAAAUCAUCUUCCAUCUUAGGUCAUAUGUAAAAAAGGACAUACAUCUGGGAAACUUCAAUUUGAGACUAAUUGAUAAAGUUGUUGAAAGGUAUAAUGCUUUAUUUCACCUAUUAAUAGAAAUAGGAAGGUGAUAGUUUCUACUCAUGAAUUAUUCAUUCUAAUUCUAGAACAUUAUAACGUUUUUGUGAAUUAUUUUAAUGUAUAAAUGCUCUAUUCAAAAUCUUGCAUUCGCAUUGUCUUCUUAGAUAUAAGACAAUGCCGUAGACCUUGAACAAAGCAUCUGCGAUUUAUUUUGGUCAUUUGGUUCUUGUCUAGAAGAUAAAACAUAUGAAGUACUUAUGCCUGUUACCUUAUAUAUUAUCGUUACGUUAAAAAAUUCUUUGCUAAGCGAAUUAACAUUUUACAAAAUUUCAUAGAAUCAAUUAACUCAUAAAUCAUUGCCGCGAUUUAAUUAGUCAAUUUUAUUAAUUUUUAAUUAAAGGAAUGAAGUUGUACGUGGAUACUUUACUUUUCCUCAUUCAAGGUUGAAAUCGAGAAGCAGGAUUUUGCAACUUUACAAAUUUAGAAAAUGUUUAUUUCCAACUUUUUAACGAUUAAACAGUCAAGUUGUAAAUAUAAUUCAAACAUUAAGUACAUUAAAAAUGAAUAAACUAUUGUUGUUUUGCACAAAACAGAUGCGUGUCAAUCCAUUCAUUCACAUCCUUCCAUACAUAUAUAGUUGCUUAGUUACGAUAUGAAUAUGAAUAAUUUAAGAGUUUAUUUUAAAAAUUCUUUUCCUAGACUCGUUCAAAUUAAAUUAUUCACUCAUUCGUUAAGAUUUAGUAAGCGAUCUUAUAAUAUUUUUUGACAAAAUUAGGCCAGUUUGAAUCAAAAAUCGAUGAAGUCCCAGACUUUGCAAAGGUCACUCAACCACUUAUUGGUUCGUGCAGCCUGGCACAAUCGAUAAUUGCGUGAUAUAUAUUGUAUAUUUUCCAGGUAAUGACGAUAAAAAAAAAGUAAGAAACUAGCCUACAUUUUCAAAAUGGCGCCACUUUGAGAUACCUCAUUCUCUUCAGUCCGUUGCUUAAUGCAUUUUAAUGGUAAGUCUUAAUAGAUUUUCAAGAAGUUUUUUAAUAUUAAACUCAAAAUUGAUUUGUACUUUAUGUUUUUAUAAUGAACGAAUAUAUCUAAUUUUUAAUAUAUUUAUUUAUGUAUAUUUAAAUUGUAGAGACAAGAUAUAUAAAUUUUUAUGAAGAAAAUGAUCAUUAGCAUAUACUGUAUCUAACAUUGGAGUAAUAUCCUUGAUCUUUUUAGAGUUUAACUUAAUUUUAUUCAAUAAUUUGAUACUUAGACUCAAGAUUAAGUAAGACAUUAAAAAUAAUUUUCUUAGGAAUUAAAUGUAAGUUAUGUCUUCAACUAAAGAAAAUUCGAAAAACUCGAGAAAUCAGUACCAUGCUGUGGCACCCCUAGAAGAUGGCUUAGAAAAUAAAAACAAAGAAAUUAAAUCGGAUAAGGAUAAGGAUAAGAAAACGAAGCAGAAGAUUAAAAAGAAGAAAACAAAAAAUAAAAAAUGGGUUUUACUCAAACUGACAGGAUUUACUCUCAUUUAUUUUAGUUACGCCCUUAUUGGCGCCUAUAUUUUCUCCUUAUUGGAAUCGCCAGAACACGAAGAGUUUCAUUAUCACGUGAACAGAUGGAAAAACGAUACUUCGAUCCUUCUAGCCACAGAUUUAAGAAAAAUCGUUCCGUACGAAGCUGAAUGGGCCAAAACGGUUUAUCGCCAUCUUCAUAUCUUUGAGAAAGAUCUGUUGAAAGCUUACUUAGAAGGAUAUAGAAGAUCCGAUGUGAAUUCCGUCUGGUCCCUUGCCAAUUCCUUUUAUUUCAGCGUAAUCGUUAUGACAACGACAGGAUACGAAAAUGUUACUAUUCGUUCAACGUGGGGAAAGUUAUUCCUGUUACUUUAUUUAAUUGUGGGUUUACCGGUAACGAUCACGUGGUUAUUUUUUGUAGGUUACUACUUAGCAGAAUUAUGGCUCUGGUUGUUAAGUGGGAAGUGUUUUUUUAGAAGAAAACGUAAGGUUCAUCCUAUCACCAAUACGCUGGCAAAACAAUAUAUAAUUGAUCGACCGGCAACUCGUCCUUCUAGUUCUGCCAUUUUAACCUCUCCUAAAGAACUGGAGAAGCAUUUCGAUUCUAAAAACAUCAAAUUUCAUAAAAGGAGACUGUUCAAACAUAAAGCAUGUAUCUAA